AAUGGCAGAAGAGAUAUUAUUUUUGUUGUUUUUUUCCAUAGAUCAACGUUUUAAUAAUGUAUAAAAAUUGUUCAAUCAUUUAGUAUCUUUUCUUAUCUUUCACUAACGAGUAGAAAUUAACAGCUGCAUACUAUUAUCUUUUCGCAUGUGCAUCUAUUAUAAUUUUUGUGAUCAGCUGCUUGAUAGCGUGUGGCAACAGUGGUUGGGCGAUGUCGUUGGUAUUGUUCAGUAUUGUUGACUUCAAGAUGGCUGCGGAUUACUGUGGGGGAUAUUCUAAGAAAUCGUAAUUCUCCCUAAAAGAACUUCCAAUUUUGUAUAUAUUUAAAAAGUCGUGUGUUAUACGACCUUACAAACUUCGGUGCUAAUUACACCGAGUUUCUUUACAUCGUUCGAUUUACUACCGUACAAAACAGAAUAUGAAAAUCAUGCCAUCUGACACUAGCUGACUUAUGGAAGAACCUCCAAUGUCAGCAAGGAGGAUGAUUUUUAAUGUUUUAUGGCGGUUUCGCCUUUAACCGAGAAAUACUCAAAUAUCAAUAUGGACUCUUCGAUAAACCGAAAACGCAGUUCAUCUGUAAGCUUCACAAGAGGAAAAGAGAAUAGCGAUGAUGAUGUUGGAGAUGAAAUACACAUAUCUUUGGCACCAUAUAUACAAACUUAUUUGGCACAUAGUGGACAAGGACUUGGAUGUUGUGGGAUUAGUUUACCAGUGCCAUUUGAACGUGCUGCAUCUCGUUCUUGGUGGAAUCCGAAAUUUGAUUCUGAAAUUCUAGAAGAACAAUUUAAAAGAAGUGCCUUCCCACAGAUCAGACUAAGAUUCCGAUAUGCUCUUACAUAUAUCCUAUUGGUAUCUGUAUCUUGGCUGGCAUAUUUUGUAAUCACUGGAAUUGAGAAUAAUACUUCUACAUGGCCAGCUAUCGCAGCCAUUUUCAGUAUUGUUGGAACCAUGGUAUCCGCUGUAUUAUAUUUAACUCACACAGAUUAUUACAAGUCCUAUGUAUUACCAACUUCUGUAGGAGUUGCAUCUGUGCUGUGUUUUCUUUCUUUACUCUUUCUUGCGGUAGUACCUCCUUAUGUAGAUGGCUUAACAUUAGUAGGACAUUUUGCACUAUGUUCAGAAAUCUUAUUACUGAUUUAUACGGUACUACCAAUGCCCCUUUAUGCUUGCAUAGGAAUAUCUUCUAUUUAUUCGAUUAUAUUCGAAUUUUUAACUGCCUACCUCUAUGGUUCAAAAGAUAGAAGACAAAGGAUAUUCGGUAAUCACAAGUCUUUUAAUAAUUCUUCAGUAACAAAUAUGUCUGAAGAUUAUAACAGAACAUCUAUUCCUAUGUAUUCUUCACAUCAAAAUUCUCGUUUUUUUAAUGGUCUCCAAAAUAUAAUAUCUAAUGUUAGCAAUGCAUUGACAGCCGACACAGAGAUGAUAUCAAAUUUAUAUACUUCAAAUCCAAUAUCCAAUUUUAGUUCAAAGUUGUUGGACGAUGAAAGUAUUGUAGGAAAAAUGUCUGGAAAUCUUACAAAUGCAAAUAUGUUAACAAAACUAAAUUCUAGUAUUCCAUUUGUAAUAACAAAUGUUAGUUCUACCAUAAAUUCAAUGGUCAACAAUAUAAAUAUUAGUAAUUUGAAUAAAAUGAAUGCAUCUUCUAUAGAGGCUGAAAUAGCCCUUAAUGUUGAAUCGAUUACCAAUUGGACUAAUACAUCAAACACAUAUUUGCAAGAUGAUAUUGAUUUUACAACGAAUCUCAGUAUAAGAAUUUUAAUGCAAAUAUGUAUUCAUUUAAUCGGUGUACAUAUCUUGAUAAUGACAUUUGUCCGAAUGCGUGGUACUUUUAUGAAAGUGGGGCAAUCAUUACUAGUACGGCGUCAAUUAGAAAUGGAAAGACAACUUAAAGAAAAAAUGAUACAUUCUGUAAUGCCACCAAAAGUAGCAGAUUGGUUAAUGGAAGAAAGUGGUAGAGAGAGAGAACGUGAAGAUUCUCUAAAAAAAGGAUCUAUACCCUCAAAUCAAACGGACAUCCGAUCUUUAUUUCGACCAUUCAAUAUGCACUCUAUGGAAAAUGUCAGUAUAUUAUUUGCUGAUAUUGUUGGUUUUACAAAGAUGAGUUCAAAUAAAACUGCAGAAGAAUUAGUUGGCAUUCUUAACGAUCUAUUUGAACGAUUUGAUGAUUUGUGUGAACAUCAUGGAUGUGAAAAAAUUUCUACAUUGGGAGAUUGUUACUAUUGUGUCAGUGGUUGUCCCGAACCAAGACCCGAUCAUGCAAAAUGUUGCAUUGAAAUGGGAUUAGCAAUGAUAGAAGCUAUAAAACAAUUUGAUAUAGAAAGAAGAGAGGGAGUAAAUAUGAGAGUUGGUGUUCAUACAGGAACUGUUUUAUGUGGAAUUGUUGGCACUAAACGAUUUAAAUUUGAUGUUUGGUCAAAUGAUGUGACAUUGGCAAAUAAAUUAGAAAGUACAGGUAAACCAGGCAGGGUACAUUUGAGUGAAAAAACUUUAAAUUUUUUGAAUCAUCAAUAUAUCACAGAAGAAGGAGAGGUAGUCAAUGGUAUUAAAACUUACUUCAUCAAAAGUCGAAAAUCAGAUAUUAUGAAUCAAUUUGUAACAAAUAUCAUAUUACCUAAAGAUUUCUCUCCUUUAAUGCAAACUCGUCAUCGUCUUGCCUCUUGUAAUAAUCAAAAUAAACCCAGACAACAUUAUCUCCAUAUGGUGACUAAUGCAAGUAACUAUAGGAUAAAAGCUAAUUCCUUGCCCAGUAUUUUGGAUUCUGAAAGUAGUAACGAUAUAAUUGAUGAGAAAGAAGGUCUAAAUAAAAGUCCUGUGUCAACUGCAAGUUACGAAAAAAAAAGAACACGAAAUAAACCAUGGCGAUAUUUACAACGACAAAGGACGAGUGAAGAAAUGACGCCUUUAGAUAUGGAGGAAGGAAAGAGUAUGAUUAUAAAACAACCAAAAAAUGAACAAUACGAAGAUCGCAAUGGAUUCAAACGAAUUCCUUUCAACAAUGGUGUUGAAAUGGAUCCAAAUCCUGUGCCUUCUAGUCCUUUAUUGUCUGGUCAAGAAACAAUAAGUCAUGCUUCGUCGAUAUGUAGUAGAAAAGAUUCCGGUAUUAAAAGUAAUAGCCGACGUAGUAGUAUUCAACAGCAGUUGUUCCUGAUGAAUGGUAUGGCUCAAGGGGAUUUAUUAGGUCAUAGAGUUAGUGGUUAUUACACUUCUAGUUCAACCUUGAAUUCUACUCAUGAACUCUCGUCAUCUGUACCACCAUACCCAUUUCCUCCAGCAGUAACUGAUACAUUUGGUGCAUGUUUUCAUAAGUUAAGAAAACAAUCUGAUUUACAAUUAAUAAGAUGCGUUCAAGACAACGUGAGUUCUCAACGAUCAUAUUUCGUGAAGCCACCGUUAUCAAGCGUAACGCUAUUUUUUAAGAACAAAGAAUUGGAAAAGGAAUAUCGAGAAAAUGCUCACAGAGCAAGUGAAGGAGUAACAGGCAACCCUCCAACACUAGCUACUUCAAGAUUUAAUACUUAUUUUGACAUAUUAAUAUCGGCUCUAGUUUAUAUAGCUAUUACUGUCUCCCUCUUCUUGCUUUGCAAACCUUCUAUUUUCUAUAUUAUGUUUUGUAUUUUUGCUACAGCUAUUCAAAUCAUAGCUGUUUUACUUUGCAUUAGACAACUUUUUAAACCAAAUACCACUCAUGCAACGUUCACUCAAAAUAUUUUCAAUUUUUUUUCUAGGUGGUAUCCUUGGCAUGUUUGUGGUGCCAUAUUAGUUGGCUUACCAAUUGUUUCUAUUCUUCUAAACUUCACUUGCAAUACCUUACAUAGUUUAAAUAAUUUUGAGUAUUAUUACAGCUAUCUAAUCUUCAUAGGAUUGGUCCAUUUUUGUAAUUUUACUCAAUUGAAUUGUUGGAUGAAAAACUUGCUAGUCACCUUUGCCGGUGCGUUGUUUAUUUGUCUUGUUGUCAGUCAUAUAUCAUAUAAUCAGGAUAUGACAAUACCAAGCGAUUAUGAUAUCAGAAACAAUACGCAAGAACGAUCAGCAAUGCGUCCAAAUUUAAUUAAUGCAAUCUUGAUUGAACAGAAUAAUUAUCCAAUAGAUGAAAAUCUUAUUAUUCCACGAAAAGAAUUUCGUAAUUCUGUAGAAGCGUCAACACAAUCGUCACUCAAGAUAACUGGGGAAUCACAUAAACCUACGAUUGAAUCUAUUAUGAUUACAGAAAGAGAAAAAGAAUUAAGAUACAACGAGAGAUUGUACCAUUCUGAGAUUUAUCUGGAUAUGAUACUCUUACUCUUGUUAGUUUGGUUUCUAAAUCGUGAAUUCGAGAUUAGCUAUCGAUUGAGUUUCCAUGGAAAUUUCGUUGCAGCAAGAGAUAAAACCCGUGUACAAUCAAUGAAAAACCAAGCUGACUUACUUUUACAUAAUAUUAUACCCAAAUAUGUUGCUGAUCAAUUGAAAACUACUGCAAAAUACUCGCAGAAUCAUAAAUCCGUUGGAAUUAUUUUUGCCAGUAUUGUGAAUUUCAACGAAUUAUACGAUGAAUCUUAUUUGGGUGGUAAAGAGUAUCUACGUGUACUUAACGAAUUAAUUGGCGAUUUUGAUGAACUUCUGGAGAAACCUGAAUUUUCUAAUGUUGAAAAAAUCAAGACAAUUGGCAGUACAUUUAUGGCAGCUAGCGGUUUAAAUCCACAAGUAAGACAACAAAGUGAUCAUGAAUAUACUCAUCUUUUUCAAUUGGUAGAUUUUGCUAUGGCUAUGCAUAAAGUCAUCUAUAAUUUUAAUCGAGAUUUAUUGGAAUUUAAAUUGAUUCUAAGAAUUGGAUUUAAUUAUGGCGAUGUUACCGCCGGAGUAAUAGGUGCCACAAAGUUGUAUUAUGAUAUUUGGGGAGAUGCAGUAAAUAUUGCUUCAAGAAUGGACUCUACUGGAGUCGCAGGUAGAAUACAAAUGGCCAGUAAUUGUAUUGGUAUACUCUCAAAUAGAUACGAGUUUGAGCCUCGCGGUCAAGUAUAUGUAAAAGGAAAGGACAACAUGGAUGUAUUUCUACUCAUAGGAAAAAAAGAGAAUACUACAAAUGCUAAUGGUACUUGAAUUAUACAGAGUGCCAAUUAAUACAUCAAUGAUCUGACUAUGUUAUAUGGCAUACUGGAAUUCGAGGCUGUGUAGUUUAAUGAUAUCAUCGAUCGAGUUAUAUUAAAUUUGAAUAUAUGCGUGUGUGACUUAAAAUAAGAGAGAUGUGGUGAUCAUUUGAAAAGAGCCUAGGGACGAAUGUUUUUUGAUAGAUGUUGUACUCUAUUAAAAACUAAUCGCCUUAUUAAUUGACUGCUCAAAUUCUGCUAAUUAAAGAUAUUUAUUAACGAGA